CUGUUUACCGCGUGCACGGACCUAUACUUGCACGAUGACCGUCGAGCCUCCAGGUGGUGCUAAAAGAAACCAUGCAACUGCGUCGCGGCAGCUUGAGAAGAAGAGAGAACAACACCCCAGCAGGCUGGCACAGGAAAAGGGAAGUCCCAGGAAUGCCGAAGAAAUUCCAGGGUGAGAAUUCCAAAUCGGCCACGGCGAAGGCCCGGAAGGCUGAGGCCAAAGCAGUCGCUGAUGCACUCAAACAGAAGGAGCUGGAGGACGCGCUCUGGCAAGAUGAUAACAAACAUGUCAUGAAGAAAGAGCAGAGGAGGGAUGAUAAGGAGAGAAAGCGUUUGGAGGCUCUGGAGAGGAAGAGAGAAAAGCAAAGGCUCUUAGAGGAAGAAGAUGCCAUGAUAAAGGGUAAACAGACAAAAGAAGCCCCCAGUAAAGUGACUCGAGCCCAGAUAGAGGAGACCCUACAAAGUGGGCAAAAUGUUAAGGAAACCAAGGAAAAAGAGAAAAGCCACUUGGAGAUGCCGCUUGAGGAGAAUGUCAAUCAGAUAGUUCCAGAAGAAGGCACGGUUGAGGCCCGAACCAUUGAAGAUGCCAUCGCAGUUCUCAGCACUAAGGAAGACCUGGAUCGACACCCUGAGCGUCGUAUGAAAGCUGCCUAUGCUGCAUUUGAAGAAGCAAACAUGGCGCGCCUUAAAAUGGAGAACCCCAAUAUGCGUCUUUCCCAGCUAAAACAACAGCUCAAGAAGGAGUGGACAAAGUCUCCAGAAAACCCCCUCAACCAGCGAGUGGCUGCCUACAACUCCAAGUGAACCAUCACAAUGGCACUUAAUGACUGACCCUCGGUGCAGAUCCUAACAAAUACAAAAAUGCACCACGAAUAAAAUUGGACACAAAAUUAACAAAUGAACUGCUGAUCUAUUCACACCCCUCACCAUACAUGAACUCACAGACAAACUUGAAUUAUUUAACUAAUUAUUCAAUAAAUAUCUGAUGAUUUAUGAACAGCAUACAA